CCUCAGUCGGCCGCACCCAGCUGCGCGCCACCUCUUGUCCACGCAGCGCCCGCACCGCCGCACGCGCCCGCGCCCGCGCGACCGACACGCGCGCGCUCGGAUCGCCGCAAGGGCCCAAACACCUCCGGGCGCCCCAGCGCGCGUGAGGCUCGAGGGCCGGCGCAUCCGCGCCUCAGCCGCCGCCGCCGUCAAGCUCUCUGCUCUUCACCACUCUCACCUCUCGCCCGCCGCCGCGGAUGAGCGCAGCCGUGAUGAGCGCUGCUCCCCUCUCUCCCUCGCUCUCCUCCAACGGCUUGCGCGUCGGCGCCGUGCCGCCGCCGCGGCGCGCCGCACCCGCGCUGCCCGGCUCCAAGUCGCGCGACCUGGCGCGCGCCGUCGAGGCGCACGCCUCGGCGGCCGAGGCGGUGCGCGCCUACCGCCCGCCCAGCGCCUGGAGCGAGGCGCCGGGCAACGCCGAUGUCGUGUGGGGCGGCGACGGCGACGGCGACGGCGCGGGCUAUGCGCAUGCCUUUGGCGCCGCGUCGCCCAGCCUGUCGCAGCAUGCGCCGCUGCCCAGCCCCGGCCUCAGCUCCGAGUUCGGCGGCGAGGGCGACCGCUUCAGCGACGCCGCCAGCUGGGACGGCAACGAGGCGCCGCUGGCCGAGCGCCUCGACGCGCCGCACGCCGACGACGCCGACGAGGGGCUGGCGGGCGCCGUGGACGGGCAGCGCGACGAAGACGAUCCAUACGCCGAUUCGCGCAGCACGUACGGCCACGCGCGCGGCUCCAGCGUCGCCUCGAGCAUGUGGGCGGGCCGCGGCGCGCCCGCCUCGCGCGCCAGCGUCAUCUCGACCGCCUCGACGAGCGCAGCGGGCGCGCCCAAGCGCCGAGCAGCGCCGCCCAUGCCCGGCAUCACGCCGGCCAUGGCGCUGCGCGCACAGCAGAUGAGCGCCUCUGCUGCUGCGCCUUCCCAGCCGCCGGCGGCACUGCAGCGCCAGGCGCCGGAAGAGCAGAGCCAAAGCAUCCUCGAUCGCUCGCCGAUGAGCAUGUACAGUCCCGCCACCGAGGGCGAUGCUCAGUGGGGGCGCCGUCCUUCUCACGCAUCCAGCAGCGGGCUCGAGGAGUUUGACGCCGCUGCGGAACGAUCCGCAGAGCUGCCGCCCGAAGGCGCACUGCCCGCAGAGUUCGAAAUGCUCUCGUCCGACGCGGCCGAGGAGCAGGACGCGAGCCGCUCGACGAACGCCACGCAUGUGGAAGAGGAGGAGGAGGAGGAUGUGUCGCGCGACACGCUCUCGGCUCUCAACAGCGACAUGGCGCGCUCCAAGAGUGGCAGUCGAAGAGGCUCGCCGGCUCUCGUCUCGCCGCGCAGCCCCGCGUUCGGCGGCGCCGGCAGCAGCGGCGGGGCAGCACGCGCGCCCUCGGUGCCGCAGCGCAAGACGCGCGGCCGCAAGGACCGCUCGCCGGUGCUGAGCUACGCGGAUGGCGAGGAGGAGGAGCAGCGUCUCGUCGCACUGCAGGCUGGGCCCAGCGACUUGCAGCGCAUGAGCAGUCUUGGGCCGAAACUCAAGAAGAACUCGCCGGCGCCGUGGGAGUUGGGCGCAGAGGAGGAGGAGGAGAUGCCGAGCAGCGGCAGCAAGUACUCGCGCGGCGGAGAGGGACGCUCUAGCUCGAGCUCGAGGCCGAGUCAGAGUGGAGAUGCUCCUUCGUCGAGCGGAUCAAGAGGCUUUGGAUGGCCCAGGCCCAGCACCGACGCUAGCCGCGUGCCGAAGUCGCCAGCCUACCCACCGCCAUCGAUGCCCUCCAGCGACACGCGCGGCUCGCUCGCUUCCAGUCGAGGAGGAGGCGGCGCCGUGGAUCUGGCGAGCGAGGCAUCGGAGCAUGAACUCGAGGCCACGCGUCGGUCUCGCUCCAAGAGCGUCAGCUCGAGCGCUGCGGGCAUGCUCAAAGGCCUCGGUCUUGCAGCCUCGGCGACGCCCGCCGGCAAGCGUGGCAAAUUCGCAAAGGCAUUUGGCAGGAAAGGAGGCGCUCCUGCUGUGCCUGGUGCUCAGGCACAGGGCGGCAUGUCUUCGGCGCCUAGCUGGCACAGCGCGGCAGGCAGCGAGGAGCGAGGCAACAGCCUCAGCCUGCCUGGCUCGACGUCCGACGAGUUUGUCUCGCCGAGCUCGCCACCCAUGCGCGCGCACUCGCCACUGGCGCCGCAGAGCUACGCAGCCUCUUCGCAGCAGCAGCCAGGUGGCCUACCCGUCCACCCCCUGGCCUCGACCUCGGCGGGCAGCAUGUCGACGGCGACGAGCACUGGCACCAUCACGGGCGGCAGCGGCGGACGCGGCAGCACGAGUGCAGAGAGCGGCGGCGGCACCAGUGUGCAGAGCAGCACGCGCUCGUCAGGCCCGAGCAUGACGAGCAGCACUGCUGCCACGAGUCCUGCGAGUGCGGCACCUCAACAUCUGAGUGCACUCGGCACCGCCGCUGCGCCGAACGGCCCCAACAUUGGCGGACUGAGCGCUGCGGCUGCAGGCGCCUCGACGCGCGGCUUGAAGGAGCCGGCCUUCCUGCCUCGCACGCCUAGUCCGGCACCUCGAAGCCCGAAUCUGGCUCCGCGCGCGCUGCAGACGCCCGCCCGCAGUCCGAGCGGCAACAUUGCCCCUCGCAACGCCGGAGGUGUGGGCUACAAGCGCAGCAGCACGUUCCUGGCUGACGGCCAGCUGGUGCCCCGCGGUCCUUCGCCUGGCACCAGUCCGCUGCCAUCGCCGAACAUGAGCGCCUCGGGACAGUUCACGUUUCCCAACCCCAAUUCGCGCUCCACGUCUGCCUCGGGACACAUGUCGCCGGAGAGCUACAUGGGCGCGCCUCUUGAGCAUCCCAACGCCUCUACUUCGCAGCUCGAUCUUCGCACGUCAUCCGCCACGCCUACAUCUGCACUGCUCGUGCCUCCGCAGCACGGCGCCGAUGCUUCGCCGCGCGGCCUCAGUCCAUCGCUUAUGUCGGGCUCGCCAGGCUCGCUCAACAUGUCCCGCGCCGCUUCGUUCGGCUCGAUGAAUGGCGCCCCACCGAUGCCUAUGCCGAUGCGCAGCUCGUCGACUGGCGGCGGCGGCGGCAGCGAAGGCGAACUGCCGCCGCCCAUCAUGCCAGGCGCCAGCGGCAUGAGCUCGCUGCCGUCUGUCGGCGCACACGAAGGUGUGCCGUACAAGCUCAUCUCGCUCCAAGAGGCGCGCGAGCUGCAAGAGCGAGAACGUGCGGCGCGCGCCGUGGCAGAGCCGAAUCGCUUUGCCAAUGGCCCGCAGCCUUCGAGUGCGUCAGAGGGCCGCGGCAUCAAGAACAAGAAGUCGGGCUUCAUGCGCAUGUUCGGCAAGGAGAAGAACGCAGAGGAAGAGCUCGAUUCUCAAGGCAUGAGCAGUCGACCGAGCCAGAACAGCCUCGAGGAUGGCGCUCGCAGAGAGAGCAAGAGCACGACGAGCGGCUCGGUGCACGGCAAUGCAGGCGUGGGCCGCAUGCCGUCCUUCAUGGUCAACGGCUCGGCUGCGCCUGCCGAAGAGACGACGGCCGCGCCCGCCCUCUCGCUCAGACCCGUCAGCUCGAUGUUCCUAGGCUUUGGCGCCGAGAUGCUGGACCCUGCGGCGCUGGGUAUCACUGCCGACGAGAGCGACAAGGCGGCACCACCGCCGACGUCGACGCUCGGUGGACUUGCGAUACCCGAGGAAGGAGGCAAUCGUCUGCUUCCGCUGCCCAGCUCUCCGGCGCUCACGAAUCGCUCGGGCGACUCACACUCGAGCGGCGGCGGCUCGGCACUCGGCGCUGCGCCUGCUGGCUACAGCAACGGCAGCAGUGGCAACGGCAUGUCGCCGCGCAAGGCUCCUCCUGCCGGCCUGGCUCUGUCUUCCUCUGCGCUUCGGCAGCCGAACAACAGCGCACCUCCUCGUACGUCAAGCAGCGUGCGCAGCAGCGAGCUGGGCUCUCCCAGCUACGCCAGUGUCUCGCACGACAUCGACGCUGCCCUGACGUCGCUGGGUGCCCCAGGCAGCAAGCGUAGCGCAGAGGAGUUCGUCAGUCCGAUGACGUCGCCCAUGACGCCUGCCUUUGCGUCUUCCGACGCCGGCAUGUCGAGUCUGGGCCACGCCAGCACGCAUGGGCAGCAGCAUUCCAUUCCUGCAUCCAGUCGCUCGCUCGCAGUCACUGCACACUCGCGGCUCGGCAAUGCCUCGUCUUCAUCGUCGGCGGCGGCGCGUCCACACUCGAGCGCAAGCACGUAUUCGGAGUCUGGCUCCUCUGCCUUGGCCCUCUCGCACUUCCCUCCGACGCCAGCGACCGAGUCGACGGCGACGCUCUCGCCCUCGGUCGGCGCAGGCGGCAACUCUGCCGCUGCAGUCGUGCGCACGCGCGCGCUGGAGAUCGAGGCGGCCAUCGCGGAGCUUGCGGCCGAAUUGACGGCGCUGCGCACGGCUGCGGGUGCGGCGUCGGGAAGCAACGACUCGCUGCUUGCGCCCGCCAGUCCGAUGAUUCCCAGCUCGCCCAUCCCGCCAUGCGAGUCGUGUGGAUGCAAUUGCGCGGAACAGAAGAGGGCUCAGGCGCUCAACGAAGCGGCAGUGCUCAAGAGUGUCAGCAUCCUCAAUCGCUCCCGCGCCAUCAAGCCCUCGCAGCACGCCGACGCCGGCAAGUUUGGAGGCUACACCAAUCGCUGAGGGCACCGCCGCUGCCUCGUCCAGCCCGUCUCCUCUCGCUCUUCGCUCUCUCUCUCUCUCCCGUUGCUCCUUCUCUCGUGCUCCCUCUCGGCCACGCUCGCCGCCCGGAUGCAGGCGAGCUUUUUUCUUCUGCCAGCCCUCCUCGCAUCUCUUAUGCCCCUGCCUGCUCCCGUCUCGCUCCCUCGCCUCUUCUCCGGUCGGCUUCGCUCUCCGCACCCCUCUCUAUACGUAUGCCCCUCGUCCGCGUUACCCGUGCGUCUGCCCGCACCUUCUCCCAGUCUUUCUCGUGACGCGAAACAUCUGCAACGCAUCCUUCUACUCUCCGCCUCUGUCUCAGCCUCCUCUCUCUUGCUUGCCAGAUGAAGGACGGUCUAGAUUGGCGCGAGGCCAAAGAUGGCUCUGAAGCGCUCAAAGAGCAUCAAGCUCACGACGCUGUGGCAUCCCAGUCUGAGCCAGCACAUGGC